AUGUCGAACUAUAAAACUGAAACAAAUUCAUAUGAGAAUGCCAAUAACUUUAAUGAGAAUAAUAGACAAGGCAAUUUUGGAUAUUAUACAGAACGACAACUGCGAAGUGCAUUUUGCCCACCAGUUGCUGAUGAUCCACAACAAGUAAUGGCAACAUUAGAACAACAACAAUUAGUUGAACAAUAUCAAUCAUUUUAUGUAACACAACAAUCACAACAUAUUACUGGCCAAACAGUGCCACAAUUACAGCAUAAUGUUGAUAUGAGUAUGAUACAAACACCUUAUACUCAAUUACCAGUUGUAUUACAAGAACAACAAAGUGUUUCUAAUGAAUAUGUAACAGUAAAUCAACAAUAUCAUUCUCAUCCAUCACUUGUUCCUUUAACAAUAAUUAACUCACAAGAAGAACAAACAUCAAAACAAACUGUCGGAUUCGAUUCUUUAUCAUCAUCCACAAAUACAAAUCUAAAUGAAAAAUUACCUUCGAAUAAAACACAAGUAACGACCAAUGAAUCAAUAUCAGUAACAGAUGAUCCAGAAAUCAAAACAACAACUUCACUUAUUUAUGAUUUGCAAAAAUAUAGAUAUAACAAGUUUUUAUCCAAACUUUCAUGUACUUUUAAUCAUGAUUAUGGAAAGUUUGGUUCUCCAACAGGUAUUUGCACUUUAACUGAUGAUCGUUUAUUGGUUGCAAAUUUUGAUCAUGAUUCACUUUUACUUAUUGAUAUAAAUGGUAUUGUUCAUCAAAUAUAUAAGGAUUUACCAACACCAAAAGAUAUUCGAUAUUAUUCAUCAAACUCAUCACAAGCUAUUGUUGCUACCAAAAAAGAAGUUAUUAUUUUAGAUUUAAAUACAAGUCAAGUUGUUGCAAAAAGUCAACUUAAAGGAUUUUAUCCAUGGAAUAUUCAAUAUAUUAAAGAACAAAAUACUAUUGCAGCAUGUGAUCCAUCUGGUGAGCGUAUUGUUUUCUUCGAUAAAGAUCUAGCUUACGCUGGUGAGUGGUCAUUUCACAAAAAAAAUCAGCAAGCUGUGUAUCCGUUGCAAUCACAACCCUACAACAAAGUCUAUCCUUAUGCAGCAUAUUUUUUACCCGAUAAUACAUCAUUUAUAUUAACAUGUUGUAACGAUAAAUUUCAAAUUGAAAAAAUGAAUCCAAUUAAAAGCACAUCAGACGUGAUUUCGAAUAUACCUCCAACAUUAAAAUCAUAUUCAAUUUAUGUUGAUAGUACAAGAAAAUGUUUAAUACCUGAUAAAGUUAAUCAUUGCUUAGUUUCAAUUGAUAAUGAUUCGAUAGUUGAACAACAUAAAUUUAACUCUAUUCGAGAACCAUAUUCAAUGACAUUUUUAUCAACUGGAACAUUAUGCAUUACUGAUCAUAAUAAAUCAUAUGGAACUAAUGGUGGAAUAUCAAUUCUUAGCGAAAUAGAUUUAAAAGUCAAUUAA